CACAGCUGAUGUUGAAACUUGGGAGGCCGGUCCCACAGCCCUGUCCCCUCACAAUAUCAGAAACUAGUCAAAGGAAAUAAGCUAGACACCGCGGUAAAGGCAGGAUAUAUGUUUUUUACCCUCAAUAUGACAAAAGGAAAGAUGUGUUUUGUUAAAUACUUCACCACACGAAAUGCCAAACCAUUAGAUAUUAUACAUAUUAAAACUGUCAAACUUGUACCUGCCAUUUCAAUCAGGCAGGGCCUUUGUAUUUUUACAACUCGCUAAAGAUUGCUUUAGAAUUAUACGAAAUUGUACUAAAUACAUUGUAUUAAAUACCAAAUCAUUUUUGCUAUUUUUUUAAAUUGCUAAUUUGAAUUAAAAAGAUUAGUACACUUGCGAGCAGAAUGACAUUCGAAUGCAAAAUUAUUAUUUCAGCUGCAUAGUUUUUACUGUAGCAAAGUAUAUGUUCAAUUUAACGGGAACCCGACAUCAAAGUUUAAAGCGGUCGUUGUAUUUAAAAUAGCAUCAGUAAAAGUUAACCAACAGAUGAAGAACAAGUUUGAUUUGUUUUACAGAAUGAAAUAGCUGAAUAAAAGGAAACUUUGUAGUAACCAGAAUGACUGCUAGUGUAUAUUAAGUAUCAAAUAGAUGAAUUCAUUUUUGACACGAGGGAGUGUGCUGAGAAAGUCUUCCUGACAUUCUGAUGUCUGUGGUUAGGCCCCUGCCUUCGUUUACUGGAGAACAGGCUGGCUCCCAAAAGAUUGUCUUAUCAAGGGUUGACAUUGCUGCUCGCUAAGCCAGCUGAUAGGACAAAUCCAGCGCAAAGAAACUUCAUGUCCAGUGACACAAAAUGACAUUUGGAUCACAUGGGAAAUGUGAAACGGUUUCAAACAAGAUAUAUUCUGAAGGUUAAUGUCAGAGUCCCAUCACCCUCCGUUUACGGAUCGAUUCACUGCAUCGGGGGUCUGUCCUGAAUGUGUUCAGCAAUUAACGGUGCACUUCCCCUGAGGAUCGGCUGUGAGGGACUGACAAACCCUGGAAGACUGCAUGGGGAGGUGUCAAUGUCCACCAAUGUCACUGGAUUCCGGGCACAUCGUUCCCCCCAGCAUUUGGAUAUGGACUUGGCCUGGCAGGAACUGAUGGCCAUCACAGAACUUCAGGAGUUUGAGGUACCCAAUGAAAAUCCCUUUGAAGCUAUUCCAUACCUUUCCAUGGAGCCCAUGGUUUCUCAAGGGGGGUUCGGGAUGAGUCAGCCGCAGCCUGAAUCCAUUCCAGCCGCUUGUGAUGCCCAUGCUGCUGCUGCUUAUGAAAAUGCAUACCCUGAAGUGAUGCCGCCCUAUCAGCGUUUAAACCCACACAUGGAUAUGCACUACAGCCUCCCUGUCCCAGGCGGCCACGGUUCCUCCAGAAUGCUUGCGAAUGCGCAAGGUUUUCAUCCUCCUCUCAUGACUCUUUUGGAGCACAUGAACAUGACACGCGGUCAUGGUAUUGCAAAAGACGGCCUUAUAAACCUUCAUUGCACAGGACAAAUCAAACAGGCUGAUGAUCUUGAGUCAGAUUCCGGUUUGUCGCUUGGUUCCAGCCCACCACUUGCCUCUCCUGAGAAUGCAGUGCAUGGAGUACCUUCAUACUUACCCGCAGAUGGUACAAUAGGCUACACCGAAAGUGAAAGUAUUGGUGAGCAAUAUCACAUGCGGCCGAGUUUGCUCGGGUCUGUCGACUACCCGCAGUCCUACAGUUCAUACGCUGGAACUUUUCCCACAGCUGCAAAUGUGCAACCCAUCAACCAGCAGACUUACCAACCAAUUUCAGUGAAGCAACCAGUUUUACCCACAGCCUUGCAUGAACUAAACAGCUCAGGUUUAACAAGACUGGGUUCAUAUCAAACCAUGUACCCAAAACAGAAAUCCACCAGCAUUCCCAUACCCCUGAGCAGAGACGAGCGGCGUGCCGUCGCUCUCAAAAUCCCAUUUUCACUGGAUAAGAUCGUGAACCUGCCAGUGGAUGAUUUCAAUGAGCUCUUGACCCAGUUCACACUGAGUGAUGCUCAGCUGGCACUCGUGAGGGACAUUCGCAGACGAGGGAAAAAUAAAGUUGCAGCUCAGAACUGCCGCAAGCGGAAAUUGGAGAAUAUUGUGCAUUUAGAAAAUGAGUUGGGACAGCUUAGAGCCCAAAGAGAACACUUAACCAGAGAGAGACUGGAGUUUCAACAAAACCUAGCCAUUAUCAAAUGUCGGCUCUCAGAUCUUUACACUCAAGUGUUUUCACAGCUACGUGAUGAGGAGGGACACCCUUAUUCAGUUGACGAGUAUUCACUGCAACAAACUAAUGAUGGCAACAUUUACUUGGUGCCACGGAAUACAGCACUGGAGGGUGAAUGAACUGAUGUUUGUUUUGAAAAGUGUCAGUCACCCAUAGAUGGACAAUUAAAUUCAUGAGGGUCCUACACUUCAUCACUUGUAUGAUAAUCACGUCACAAGUUUAGGACAGAAUUACUGAUGUGUAACUACAGAAAUGAGAAGUUUAGGAUUAACACUUCCAUACGCUCAUGGGCUAUGCUGCAAGGGUUUUGUUAAACACUUGUACAAUAAAACAGUCUAAAGCCUAGAAUCAGCAUUACAUCCAAUAUACAAACAUUCUUUCAAUCUACAAGACACAUCAGUUGUAGCAUUAAAAGUUUUAUUGGUAAAAAAGGUAAAAACCAGGUAAUAAAAUAAAAUCUCUUCAGCUGCAUUUUGGUCCUGAAAAACAAAAAACAAAACUGAGGCUUAGAAUAUAGUAAACAAGGUAAUAAUGCAUUACAAGAGCCAAGUACCUUUUAUCAUUUCACUGGUUUAGGCAGACAAAUGCCUUGUCAUUUCAAGAGAUGCCUUCACUCAUCAGUUCCUGAAAAAGAUUAACAUGGUAAGCACAUUUAAUAGGAGGUGAAAAA